AUGGCGAAAAUCAAAGGACGUCUCGCCGCAGGGCAGAAGCCAAGAAAGAAGCGGCCUGAGACCCAGGAGUGCCCCAGCCCCGCCGCCGAAGCCAAACCCCGGAGAAGCGCAGCCGCGGGGCGUGGGGACGAGCGGGGGGUGCCACCGCAGGCCGGGAGGAAGGGGCGGCGGCGGGACGAGCAGAUCAAGCCUCCUGCGGAGCCGAACCCCUAUGCCAAGUUCAUCCGGGACCCCGAGAGAAAGAAGCCAAGCCCAGGGGAAACUUUCCUCGUAGCCCGAGCCCCAAACGUGCAGGAGGAGGAAGAAGAGGAGGAGGAAGAGGAUGAGGAGGAGGAAGAGGAAGAGAAAAAGAAAGAAAAAGUCUCUCUUUUAAAACCUUCCAAGAAAGUCCUCAAAGGGAAAACAGAUGGAAAUGAGAAAGGAAAGAACACCCAGCCCCAAGGAGAUCUGGAAAGCCCUGCUGUCCCUCGAAAAGCUGUUCGGAAUAAGAAGAAGGAGGCGACAGCAGGAGUUUCUUCUGGGGAAGAGCCCAAGAUAAGAAAGGGCAAAAAGAAAGGAUCUAGUGAGGCUGAAAGGGACUCCAAUGGAACACCCACUGGAAACAAAAAGAUGCCAGGAUCCAUGUUCCAGGUUAGAGGAGGUGGCCCUACGGAAAAACCAUUGAAGAAGAAAGCCUCCCCCAAAGUUCCAGAAGCUGAGAGUGAGGAGGAAGAGGCAACAACCAAGAACAGCAACCGAAAAGGGAAAGGGAAAGGGAAAGGGAAAGUCCCAAAGAAGGAGGAGAGGCCCCCCUCACCCCCCAUCGAAGUGGAAGACCCCAAGGAGUUUGUGCUGCGCCCAGCCCCACAGGGCAGGACUGUUCGAUGCCGGGUAACCCGUGACAAGAAGGGGAUGGACAGGGGAUUGUACCCCUCCUACUACCUGCACUUGGACAGUGACCGAAAGGUAUUCCUCCUGGCAGGUCGAAAACGGAAACGGAGCAAGACAGCCAAUUAUCUCAUCUCUGUAGACCCCACCAAUCUGUCCCGGACAGGGGAAGACUUCAUUGGCAAGCUCAGGUCCAACCUUAUGGGGUCCCGAUUCACUGUGUUUGACAAUGGAAAGAAUCCCCAUCACGGAGGUGCAGAUGUGGGGACCUACCGACAAGAGAUGGCAGCUGUCAUCUAUGAGACCAACGUUCUGGGCUUCCGGGGACCCCGAAGAAUGACAGUGAUCAUCCCAGGGAUGAGCUCAGAAAGUGAGAGGAUCCCAAUUCGGCCCCGAAAUGCUAGCGAUGGGCUCCUGGUACGCUGGCAGAACAAAACUAUGGAGAAUCUGAUUGAACUGCACAAUAAGACACCAGUCUGGAAUGAAGAGAGCGGCUCCUAUACCCUCAAUUUCCAAGGACGGGUCACCCAGGCCUCUGUCAAGAACUUCCAGAUUAUACAUUUGGAUGACCCUGACUAUAUUGUGCUGCAGUUUGGCCGAGUGUCGGAGGAUGCAUUCACUCUGGACUAUCGAUACCCACUUUGUGCCCUACAAAGCUUUGCUAUAGCCCUCUCCAGCUUUGAUGGGAAGCUAGCCUGCGAGUGACCUCUACCUUACUCCCACUGCCCCAACACUCUAUGCCCUAUGUGGAAGAUGACCCCAGCAGAAAUUGUGGCCUAGAGAUUCCCUCAUCGGGGAAUUCUUUUUUUUUUUUUGUAAAUUCAAACCUUUAGGGCCCCUCCACCUCAGAUACUCCCAACUUAUUUUUAAUGGUCCUUGUGAAAGGAACCCUCACAGAAGCGACCUCUUCGCUCCAGGAGCCCUGAUAUGAGUUCCACUCCUUUAAUGAUCCUUGACCCUGUUUCCAAUACUACUGACCCUAAUUCCUUGAGGAACCCGUCCCUGGAGUCUCCCUCCCCCAUACGGCCAGCUCUUGGCUGAGACAAGCGGAGAAACCUAGACAGCUGGAAGGAGAUGAGGAACAUCUGGACUCAAGUUGGCGCUACACAUCUGGAUGUAGUGCUCUCUCUCUCUCUCUCUCUCUCUCUCUCUCUCUCUCUCUCCCUUGCGUGCCCCCCUCCCAUCCUCCCUUCCAGUUACUUCCUGUCCGGGAGCAGUUUGGGGUUGUAUAUUUUUAAACCACCCUCCCCUUUUUCUCCGCCCCCCUUCCUAGAGCUGCACCAGGGCUCUGAACUGGGGCUCCCUGGGGCAAGUUUGAGGGGGCUGACUUGCCGGGGAUAUGCACUUCAAUAAAAGAAUUUUCCUGGAGGUGAGCAGAACGCUCACUGAGGAAGGGUACUGGGGGACUGCGAACGGAAAGAAGGCUAUGGGGAAGGCGGAGUGAGAGCAGUAAAAGAAGGGGGAGCUGAGAAUGAGGACCCGACCUCAUUGCCCGACCCGCGGGAAGUUCUGCGGCUUAAAAUGACCCCAUCCCUCCCAACCAGUUCCUUCUAGCCCCAACCACCCCGAAAAUUAAAGGAAGCCCUUUAGAACAUAG